UUGAUCUAUUAUUAUACGGUUUAAAUCUUAAUAUUUAAUUAUAAAUAAUAAUAUGACCUUAAGGGGUUUAAUGUCUCCAGUCUUGAUUAUUAUAGUAAUUAGUUAAUAAUUAUAACUUGUAUUUCUUAAUGCUCAUUUUAUACUUAUAAAUACUUGUUAGCAGUUAUAACUUGGAUCUUGUCUUUUUAUGAUUUUUCAAAUUUGUAUUGUAUUCAUAAUUAUGUUAAAUUAAUUGACAAUUAUUAGGAAGUUUAGUAUUGAUUUAAGUAUUUGGUUGAAGUAUAUAAUCUUUAUUGCACGUAUUCCUUAAAUAAAUAUUUAAACAUGAUUUUUAAGAAGAUUUCUCUUUCUUGUCAUACACUCGUACGUUCUUGCCAUUCAAAUGUUAAAUGGAAAGAGAGAGUAUUUUCUGGUAUUCAGCCAACAGGAACCUUGCAUUUAGGUAAUUACUUUGGUGCUGUAUCCAAGUGGGUUCAACUACAAAAUGAAAAUAGAGAAGUCAUAUUCAGCAUUGUUGACAUGCACUCCAUUACUUUGCCAUAUAAUACAAAAGCAUUAGAAAAAAAUGUCUUCCUCAUGACAGCUAGUCUAAUUGCAUGUGGAAUUGAUCCUGUUAAAAGCACUUUGUUUCUGCAAUCUCAGGUACCUGGACAUACCCAAUUAAGUUGGGUUCUUGGAUGUUUAACUACAAUGCCUAGAUUGGGCCAGUUACCUCAAUUUAAAGAAAAAUCUUCAACUUUGAAAGAUGUUCCUCUUGGUUUGUACUUAUAUCCAGUUUUACAAGCUGCAGACAUACUUUUAUAUAAAGCAACUAAAGUACCAGUUGGUGAAGAUCAAAUUCAACACUUGCAAUUGGCUCAUGGUUUAGCUCGAACAUUCAACAAACGCUUUGGUGACACAUUUCCUGUACCUGAAGUUCUUAUUCAACAAAAUUGCUCUUCGAGGAUAAGAAAUCUUCGUGACCCUAUGAAAAAAAUGUCUAAGUCUCAUCCAGAUCCUCGUGGAAGAAUAGAAAUUACGGAUGAACCAGAUGUCAUCGUAGAAAAAGUGAAAAAAUCUGUUACAGAUUGUAAAUCUGAAAUAACAUAUGAUCCUGAUAAUAGACCAGGUGUUUCAACGCUUUUAACCAUGCAUUCACUUGUUAGUGGACUAUUGCCAGAAGAAAUUUGUGAAGAAAAUUCACUCUUAGACACUGGACGGUAUAAACAUAUAGUAGCAGAAGCAUUAGUUGAAAAAUUUACACCUAUUCGUCAGGAGAUUUUAAAACUGAUGGAUUCACCAGAAUAUUUGAGUAAAGUACUACAAGAAGGACAGCAGAAAGCAAAUUUAAUUGCUUUAGAAACAUGGCAAGAAGUAGUUUCUAAAAUUGGUUCAAUACCAAGCAAUAAGAUUUUAAAUCAUAAAUAAAAAACUAGUUAAUAUUUUAA